GAAUGUUGGUGUGUAUGUAUGGCAGUGAGUCCAAACUUCGCGCGUGUCCAUACUUCGCGGACGGUCAUUAUCUCAAAAACUAGCCAAUAUCCUUAAAAUCUGACAUCAUCAACAUGAAAAGCAACCUAAAAUUACCCUUUGGUGUAAGUUUCUUUAAGAUGAGUUCAGUAUUCAUGAAAAUAUUGACAAAAGAUCGGCAAAUUUGUCACCGUUAGCGCCCGUUUUGAAGAAAUCUGAUAUUCUCAACAAGCAUUACGAUAUCACCAUUUUGCAAGCAGAAAUCAUCAAAAAUGGCAAGGGGUGAUAGCAGCAACAUCUUCCAUUCCGAGUAAAUACCAAACUAUUGUUACCAAUAAUGCUGAUCAAAGAGGAUUUGGUGCUACUUCCAAACGAUUCAACUAUGACAUUACACUUAAUGAGAAUCCAGGUCCCGGUUCAUACGUGGACCAAACUAAACCUAUCCUUGUGAAACCGUCAUUCUCAAAGAAAGGAAUGGGAGUAGGAUUUGUUUCCAAGGAAAGAAGAGCUAAGAAACACAAGAGUACUCCAGGCCCAGGUCCAGCCUAUGCUUUACCUAGUAUGCUGACAACAAAGAAAGAUUUCAACAGUGCCACAGCGACAAGUAGCUUUCAUACACCCAUUGCAGUACCCAGAGACAAGGAAUCAAAUUUACCUGCACCAAAUCAUUAUAAGGUUUCGGACAGCACGAUGAGGAAACAUUAUGGCAGCCAAUUCCAAGCAUCGUUUAAAUCAACGUCCAAAAGAGUUGACUACAACAAAGUCCAGAGUGUUGCUCCAGCUCCUUGCCAUUAUACUAUCAAUGAGACGUUAACCAAAGAGGCACCCAAAGUUCCUAUGAGCAGCUUUAAAUCAACGUCAAACAGAGACCUCAUACCAAGCAAAGCAAAGAAUCCUGGCCCAGGCCAUUAUCACCCUCAUGAGCCUGUUGAUGAGGCCACAAGAACGUUGUUUCCGAAGAAGCACUACCUGUGUAUCUCAGCACCAGCCAUGCCCCUACCCCCUCCUCUCCCAGAUCCAGGCCCAGGGAGCUAUGAACUGGUCAACUACAAGGGACCACCCAAGCAUUACAUGUCAGGAUCGGUGUUUGUCUCGUCUUCCAGUCGAUGGACGGGUGAAGCUCAGAAUACCGACUUUCCUGGCCCAGCUACAUACAGGCCGCAGACACAGAACAAGAAGCAGUCAUUCCUUUACAACGCUCAGACCAAAUGGGCUCUACCUUGAACAUGAUCAGCUAUCAGAUCAAACUCAUAACAAAACUCAUAAGAAUGGGGAUCAAAAUCAAGAUUGUCAGGAACGCGCUGCCGAAGACAAGCUUGAAAGGAUCAAAGGCAGGAUCGUCAGAAGUCAGACAUAAGAUUUUAUUUGUUGGUUGGCUUGAACAACUAACUUUAAUACACGCAUCUACAUCAAAUGCGGGAAGAGUGCUGAGCCAUCAUGCUGACUUGAAGACUCUCAUUCAACGUUCUUUUACUUGCCAAUGAAGACUCGGUCUGAGUUCUAAUUAACAGAUAUAUCCGUAUGACUGUUACGAAUAGAGGUUUUAUUAAAUAAAAAAGCAUGGUUCGAGUCUGUUGGUUAUUAAUGAUAGAUGGUCAGAUCAAAUCCCUUGAUUUUUUUUCUUGUGUUUUAAUAACAUUGUUCCACGACAUAGAGUUGGAGAUAUUCACUUUUCAAAAAGGGAAUAAAAAGCUGUUCAUGAGGUACCUCUGUUACAUGUAUCUAAUCUAAAUCACAGAGAUUUAGCAAUUUUUUAAAAUGAAUAGACAUAAGGGGUCAUUUGGAACAUAUGCUAACUUCAAACUGGUCCAUUUUGUGAAAUCUUUAAUUUUUCUAAACAUUUAUUUGAAAAUAGCACUUUUUAAAUGGCUUUCCUGUCCAACAUUCAGUUUAUUUCUAUGGAUUACAGGGAAUAUUAUUGCUUAUACUAAACUAAUUAGCAUUUUUUGUCAUAAGUGAAAAGCUUUCAAUUACAUUCUGUACAUUCCUUUGUAAUAAAAAAAUCUGCUACACACAAGACUUUUUGUGUAGCAAUGUUUAAAAGAAAUGUGAAGCAGAUUGUUAUGCGAUAUCAGGAUAAUUAUUCUCCUGGUUGUGGAGGAUGUGUUAUUACCUCUGAAAAUAAAAUGCCUACAACAUUGUGAGAGUUCAGAUUUUUAUCUGAUUUCAGAUUUUUUUUGUUUUGAUUUUCAGCUUAAUUCAGCUUAUUUUUGGCCUUCCUCUGUACAAAAAGUAUGGGAGCUCUUUCUAUUUCAGACUUUUUCAACACUCUUCAGCUUUUUUCAGAUCUUUUUAUUUGUGACCACUCACACCCCUGUUAUUAAAAACAAGCUGCGAUUAUGAAUGUUGUCAUAUUUGUGUCUGACAAACAUGGUCGUUACAGAUCUCAAUAUUUUUUCUGCACCCAAAGUCAUUUCCUUACUCGUUUGUGUCAUGUUUUUUUCAUUGAUAUUUCAGUGUAAUGCAUAUUGCAUCAAAUGUGUAUUUUAUUUGUAUAUAUUUGAACAGAUAUGUAUAUGUGUAAAUAAAUAUUUUUUACAAUUUUGUAUGGAAUAAAAACAAAACAGAUAUA